ACUUCGAGCGAGGGGCAGAUCGGAAGGAAGGAAGAAAAAGCUGAACAAAAUAACAGCGUAUUGCGUUAUAUGGUCAGUAAUGUCCGUCAAGUGACUGGAUCCAACGAGAAGAGCGUAUUGAGGUGUGAUCGGAGGGGGUAAAUCAGAGAAAGCUGCCCCAGUGCCUCUGUAAUCCAGACGUACAAGUCAUCCUCUUCAUCAUUAUCGCCUCUGCUCGCGGAGAAAAGAGUCCGAUCUCCUGCUGAACCCGACGACAACGCCACAAACACGCCAUGAAUCCUGAAUAUGACUACCUGUUCAAGUUGCUCCUCAUCGGUGACUCUGGAGUGGGAAAGUCGUGUCUGUUGUUGAGAUUUGCUGAUGACACAUACACUGAGAGCUAUAUCAGCACCAUCGGCGUGGACUUCAAGAUCCGCACCAUUGAACUUGAUGGCAAAACCAUUAAGCUACAGAUAUGGGAUACUGCAGGGCAAGAAAGAUUUCGAACUAUCACCUCCAGUUACUAUCGAGGGGCUCAUGGAAUCAUUGUGGUUUAUGAUGUGACGGAUCAGGAAUCGUAUAACAAUGUUAAACAGUGGCUUCAGGAAAUAGACCGCUACGCAAGCGAGAAUGUCAACAAGCUGCUGGUGGGGAACAAAUGCGACCUCACCACCAAGAAAGUAGUGGACUACACAACAGCCAAGGAAUUUGCUGACUCUUUAGCAAUUCCCUUCCUUGAGACGAGCGCUAAGAAUGCCACAAAUGUGGAGCAGGCCUUCAUGACUAUGGCUGCUGAGAUCAAGAAGCGUAUGGGCCCUGGAGCGACAACCGGAGGAGACAAGCCCAACCUGAAGAUCGAGAGCACUCCUGUGCGGCAGUCUGGCGGAGGCUGCUGUUGAACAGCUUGAGCGUGCGCGCGCACACACACACAAAACCAUCCCUUACCCCUUCAAAAGCAUUUUCUCACACACACACACCAAAAAAAAAGCAUCAUGGGAGGAACCACUGCAUUAAGAGCCAACGUCUAACAGCCUCACGGCUUCAUUUAUAACAUCAUAGUCUCCUUGUUUUUAUUCUCCUUUAUUUUCCUCCCCGUGCACAUUAAUAACCCCGCCCACAUCUGUAACCCCGCCCCCUGUACGUAAAGUCCAGGAUGGGACUUCUGUAGUCAUUUGUCCAUGUAAAGAACCAGAUGUCUUCAUGAGAAGCAGGUCCAGGGGUGAUUGGAAAAUCCUCCUUUUAAACAACUAGGGAGGAUAAGAAAGUCUCUCUAGUAUGUCUAUUUCUGUCUCACGUUGUCACUUGAAUGAGGUUUUGUGGCGAAAGCAUGGCUUCUGAGGCUGAAGUCAGCUGCAAAGUCGGCAAUAUUCUAUACUUGUUCUCAUCCUACUAGUAUAUUAUUGUUAUUAUGGUGAUUUUUAAGACUGAUUUGUUAGUUUUUUUUUUUUCCUGUAGGUUUUUGUUUUUCUAAUGAAGGCUUGUACAAAGGCUUACUGCUGUCAAUGACAUAGUCCGGUUAGGGACAGGGACGGAAAGGGUUGUUUAUAAUCUGGAUUUGGAGGGGUCUAGGCUUAAGGCUGGUUGUUGAAUGCUACUGUUCCCUCUUUUACCUCAAUGACCUCUGCUACUUUUGAGUGCACAGCCAUCGCAGGUUAAAAAUGACUGCACGAACACCAUAUUGACACGCGCUGGGAUUGUAUCCUCCUGUGAUCAACAGUUUCGUAGCUUUGAGAUCGAUAUUUUCGUGUCAUUUUACCAUCAGGUUGAGUCGUCCCAUUGUUCUCGCUGCUGCCAAAAACGGUCCAUCUUUGUGCGUCGUAUUUAUUUACGUUCGGUAAAUAUAUUUGCAUAUUUGUGAAGGGCCUUAAUUUCACCACCAAUGAAAGCGUGGUGGUUCUACGAAUCCGGUUUAGCGUAGGAUUGUUGUGUAGGAAUAUUGGGAUUGACUGGUCCAGUGUUGGAGACCGGAUAUGACCUCCCAUGUUCUUCAAGGAAAACUCUUAGUUCGUACGCAUAGAUUCUAGCCUACAACUUGUAACUUUUCUCAAAUUUUAAUGGUCUAGAAGCUCAUUCAGAUGUUGCCUUUGAAUCCCACAUGGUUGCAUUUAGCAAAUUUACGGAAACCACAAAUGAUUGGACCUGCUGACAGUGUUUUUUUUUUUUUUUUUUUGACCUGGCUGUUUUAUUAUGUGCAACGUAGAGUUUGUGAACUUCACUAGUAUUAGUGCAUCACUCUUGUCUUAAUUAGGAUAAUCUCACUCUCAUUGUGAUGUUAGAUCACUUUCUGAGCCAUCGUAAUCUAGUUUUUACACCACUAACGUCUGCCAAUACUGACAUCAUCACUAAUGUUUUGUGGUGGAUUUCCUCGUACUAUUUUUGUAAGGUAGCGUCAGGUUGGAGGGAGCAGUAGCAGGGAUUAUGGGUGUGUGUGCAAUGGCUGGGAUGGGCAAGGGGCAACUGCAAAAGCGGCGUUUGGGAACAUUCCUUUGAUUUUAAAACAGGUCCGUUGUGGAUCCCGCGUUACGUCUGUGUGAAAAGAAACCGUAUAUGAAAGUCUCAUUUAAACCCUGCACUCAUUCACACACUAAACAAGUGCUUUUUUCGGGGGGAUGUUUUGAAAAGGGGUCAUUGUUUUCUCUGAAGGUUUGCUGUAUUUCUCGAUUUCGAUGAAAUGUGUCGGGGUUGAGGAAAGAUGAAGAUGGGUGUGGGGGUGGGGGGUUGUUGCUUAUGAAUGUGAUGGAGCGUUCUUCGUCUUAUCAUUUUUACUUUCUACCCAUGUCGUUUGCACAUCUAAUUUAGUUUGAAUUAAGACACAGCGAUGGUAAAAUGGCAAGCACCCUCUUUAGUAGUUUCCCUGUCUAAUAUACACGCUCUUCUCUAUCCCCCUUUGCUUGCUCACCCCCGGUGCUGUUUCAUAGCUGGGUUUGAUCUUGUUUUCUCUUCUCUGUACAUAUUAUAAAUAUAUAUAAUAAAAUGAUCAACAUGAGACUUAA